AUGAAAACAAAAAGCAAAACGUUUCUCUCCAAAAAGCAAAAGCUAAGUCCCUCUGAUUCCCCAAGAAAGCACCGUAUUCAAUGCUUACUCAAGCGCCAUUAAACGAAGCGAAAAGUUAAACCCUCCUCUCUCUAUCUCUCUCACUCUCUCUCUCAAACACUUAUUUUAUUUAGUUCAUUCACCUUACUGUCCCUAUAAAACCCAAAACUCAACCCCACCUCACAACAGAAAACCCUGCUUCCACCUCUCUUCAUUCUUCUCAUUUCAUGGACGCUCUGAACUUCCUCAAGUUCUGGAGAAACGCCACCAUGACCACUACAUCCGAGCCCCACCUAGUGGUCGAAACCGACACUGAAUCCGACGAAGAUGACUCCUUCUUCGACUUGGAGCUCACGCUACCCGAUUUCGACAACAAAGAAAACAACACCGCCACCAACAAAAGCGACGAAGACCCUAAACAAACGACGACGACGACAACAAAUGAACUCAAAAGUCUCCCCUCCAAAGACGAACUGGGCAAAACAGAAAACGACGUUCCGUUCAAAACUACACUACCUCUGUCUCCUGCCGAACCUAUCUCCAAACGUAAGGUCCUCCCAAUCGAGCCCGUAUCCAAACCUCAAUCCCCCAUUGCGCUUCUCAGGUCCGCCCCAAGCUUCAGAAUCUUCAUGUUCCGAAAGCGAAACAGAGCUCCUCCGCAGAAAACGGACCACUCUGCAAACGACGCUAAGGUCUUCGCGGUCAAGCUCAGCGUCGAAGAUUUGCGAUCCUCCCCCGCUCUCAGCAGGGAUAACAGCACGAGAAGCUUCGGGAGCAAGGUUCGGGGUUACAGCUACGAGGAGCCGAAACCGGAGCGGUUCUCGAAGGAGGUGUUGCGGAAGUAUCUGAAACUGAUUAAGCCUCUGUAUGUGAAAGUCUCCAAGAGAUAUAGUGAUAACAUGAGAUUUCCCGGCGAAGGUUUCGCAGCGUCGCCGUCUUCGUCGCCGUCGGUGGCCUCUGUUUCUUCGACGACGGAGUCGAAACAGGGGAAGGGGAUGAGGGUGGGUUCGAAACAUUUGGGGAAGAGUCGGUCUGCGUCGUCGGCAGUGGCCGGAGUUGGUUCCCCGGCGAGUAGGAGCGAUGAUACGCUGCUGCUGCAGCAUGAUGGGAUUCAAAGCGCCAUUCUUCAUUGCAAGAGGUCCUUUAACUCGAGAGAAGGAUCAAUGUAUCCGGCGAGAAAGUCAUUGGACGGUGAACGUGGGGCAAAAGUGUAACUUUGCGGAUGGUGUGGUGAAAGUGAAGAGAAAAUGUGUAAUUUUGUAUUUGUAGUGUACUUGUAAAGAAAGAAAAAGGAAUAGGGAAGGAUGGAAUAGGUGUGAUGAUUAGGUAGUGUUGGAGAGUCCCCUGUGGUGAGUGUAAAUUAAUGGACCAAUAUUAUGGGAAGAAUCAAAGGGAUCUUCUACUAUAUCUCUGUCUGUCUGUGUUCUGAGUGUGUGUGUGUGUGGAUUCACCUCUUUGCACUCUGCUUGAGGUUUAUUUCAUUUUGAUUUGAUGCCAUCAAAUGAUUCAAGCCAAGUUCAUUUUCCGGAAGGAUGCCACUUGUCAAAAGCUUUGUGUAACUAAAUAGAAAUAGAGGGUUGAAUGUGAUAAGUAAAGUUUCAUGAGAUGGCAAUUCUUACUCCUUAUGGAUUAUUUGUCAUCAUUGUUUUGUAAUGCGCACAGCAUAUUUGUGCCAAUUGGUGUGAAAUAGUGGCAGAAGUGAAUUGAGUGAAAGCAAUGUUGAGAAAUGUGAGAGGACGAAUACACAUUGAAAGCAGGAGCAAUGAAUGGUUGGCUGCCACUACUGCCAUCAAAACUAGUGCCCUGCCACCAUCACUUCUUUCUUUCUUUCACAGAACUUCAGAGUAUGGACUCUGUUCUACAAUUACAA